AUGAACGCUCCCGAUCGUUACGAGCGAUUCGUCGUUCCUGAGGGCACCAAGAAGGUUUCGUACGAGAGGGACACGAAGAUCAUAAAUGCGGCUUCAUUCACAAUCGAGAGAGAAGACCACACCAUCGGAAACAUUGUUCGCAUGCAAUUGCACAGGGACAAGAAUGUCCUCUUCGCUGGUUACAAGUUGCCUCACCCUCUUCAAUACAAAAUCAUAGUCAGGGUCAGUAUUUUUGAAUCUCUUUUUUCAUGGUAG